AUGACCGGCACCAGCGAGACCCCCUCCAACGACCCGACCUCGCCACCGGCGCAGUCCAAACCCGAAGAUACACCGAGCACCGGGAAAGAAGCGAAGUGUGCUGCAGGCAUCACCCCAUUCGAGAUGCUCAACAAGUACAUCUCCUUCCCAACCCUCGACCAAGAGCAAUGGUGGAAGGCAACAGGCCCCCUCCUAUCCCGAAUCCUCGCGGCCUCGGGAUACCCGCUCGAACAACAGUACGAGUACCUCACCUUCCACCACGCCCAGAUCGUCCCCCGCCUUGGGCCCUACCCAGCACGAUGGAUCUCCGGCGUCACACGCAGCGGCCUCCCCAUCGAGUUCAGCAUGAAUUACCAACAGCACGGCGGGGCGGAUCCCAUGGUUCGCAUCGGGCUGGAGCCAGUCGACUCGUACUCCGGGACGGACCGCGACCCGUUCAACCAGGCUCCAGCGACCGACCUGCUACAUGCCCUCGCCAGAUUGGGGAUCAAGGGCUUUGACCCGCAGCUGUACUCGCUCUUCGCCGCGGAGCACACCCUCACCCCAUCCGACAUCCCGGCUGUCAAGGAUACGCUCCUCAAAUCGCAGCACACCUUUGGCUUCGAUUUCAAGGACGGCGAGAUCGUGGUCAAGGGGUAUACGUUCCCGGGCGCACGCGCAAAAGCGCGCGGGGUUCCCAUCUGGGAUCUCAUCGCCGAUACAGUGUCGCACGUCCGCGACGCCACCACCACCACCACCAAUGAUACCAAGGGCAAGCAACUCGACUGCACCGACGCCUUCUCCCUCGUCCGCGACUACGUCUCCAGCAAACCUGACCUCUACCACGACUUCACCCUCUUCUCCUGGGACUACAUCGCCCCCGCGGCGUCACGGCUCAAGUACUACUGCGUGUCAUCCGACACAACCUGGGCGCGGGUCGAGGAGCUCUGGAGCCUAGGCGGGCGGGCGCAGAGCACCGCGCACACAGAGGGCCUACCGUACCUGCGGAAACUGUGGGAGAUACUCGAGCUGCAGGAGGGGGCGCGGAUGUUCUGGGGCGAGGGGAGUUACUCGGAUGAUCGCGUCGAGGAGCAGCAUCAUGCGCCGAUGACGUGGAAUUAUGAGAUGCGGGGUGGGGAGAGCGUGCCAUUGACCAAGUAUUAUUUCCCGCUGUACGGGAUGAAUGAUGCGGCUUGUGUGGGGAGGAUCGCCAGGUUCUUUGAGUGGAUGGGGUGGGCGGAGAGGGCGAGGGCGUUUGCGGGGUUCGUACGGGGGUUCUACCCCGAUCUCGAUAUCUCAAAGACAGCUCGGCUGAUCCUGUGGGUGUCGUUUGCGUACACCGAGCAGAGCGGCGUUUACCUAAGCGUCUACUUCCAUCCGAGUCUGGAUUACGACGAGAGGAAGAAGUAAAUAGUCCACCGAUGGGGGAAUCCGAUAUCCUGCGUUUGUUCUGGCCCGUCUCCUGGGUACACAGGCUAGAUCGUCACACGGUUUUGUAUGUCUCGGUUCAGGCUUCGAGGUCUAGGCUAUGCCCUGGAAAGAUAUUGACAAUGCCCCGUUCGUGAAUCUAGUCUUUGUGGCGUACUUUGAGAACCGUAGAUGCAUCAACCAUCCCGUGAGGGAGGGCCUAUAAUUACUACUACCACUACUACUUGGUACUACCUGAAUAC